AAUUCGAAAUAUUUUUGUGAACAAUGUUCAACUCUUCGUUAAACUAUCAACCUAUUCGAGACCGAAUUUGUAUAAGCGGAAUAUUUUUAUACAUGAGCUUAGAAACGGCGCUAGUCUUUUCCAUUGAAAAGAAUCAAAAAUAAUAUUGUUAUACUUUUUCUCCUCAUAAAUCUAAUUGAUUUGAUCACUUUAAUCAUUUACCAAUUUGAUUGUUGUUACUUAAUCACUUAUCAUUGUGAUGUUCAUUAAUUUAGAUUGUUCUCUGUGUUAUUAUUCGGAUCAAAACCUUUAAACAUCAUGGAAAUACUCAAGUUAAUCAGCAAAGAUUCUCACUCAAGAUCUAAUAGAUUACCGGAAAUUUUCAUCUCUCUCAUCGUCUUAAUCAUCACCUUUUCUUGUAAAACAACAGGAGAAAAUGAUCUUUCAAUUUUAGAUCAUCUUCUCAAAGGUUAUGAUCGACGAGCUUUGCCCGAAAGUCUAAAAGGUAAACCAACUCCAGUUGCCUGUGAGAUUUAUAUCAGAUCCUUUGGUUCAAUCAAUCCAGCGACUAUGGAUUAUGAGGUCGAUCUUUACCUGAGGCAAACUUGGCUUGAUGAGAGACUGAAAACUCCACGAUUAUCUAAACCAUUAGAUCUGAAUGAUGCUAAACUCGUUCAAAUGAUUUGGAAACCAGAAGUUUUUUUCGCCAAUGCUAAACAUGCGGAAUUUCAAUAUGUUACAGUUCCAAAUGUUCUGGUUCGUAUAAAUCCAAAUGGAACAAUACUUUACAUGCUAAGAUUGAAGCUUCGAUUCUCGUGCAUGAUGGACUUAUAUCGAUUCCCAAUGGACUCACAGGUUUGUGCAAUUGAACUUGCUUCAUUUUCAAAGACAACUGAUGAACUGCAACUUAAAUGGAAAGAAACAAAUCCAAUAGUUUUGUACGAGAAUCUUAAACUUCCACAGUUUCAAAUUGAACAUUGGAACACCUCCUUGUGUAAAGAAAAAUUUCAAUUCGGUGAAUAUAGCUGCCUGAAAGCUGAAUUUUAUCUGCAAAGAUCACUUGGUUAUCAUCUGGUUCAAUCUUAUCUUCCAACAUCAUUAAUUGUCUUCAUCUCUUGGGUAUCAUUUUGGUUGGAUAUUGAUGCUAUUCCGGCGAGAGUAACACUCGGAGUGACAACUUUGUUAACAAUCUCAUCUAAAGGUUCGGGAAUUCAAACAAAUCUACCCCCAGUUUCCUAUGUAAAAGCCAUUGAUGUUUGGAUGGGCGCUUGUACUACAUUUGUGUUUGCUGCUCUCCUCGAAUUUACUUGUGUCAAUUAUUUGUGGAGAAAACGAUGUAAACGGAGAGCGAACCAAUUUAGACAAACAAUCGCAAACCUCAAGGCGAAUCACAAUAGCAAUUUAAAUACUUCAACUACAACUAAUUCUGAUCAAACCAAAGACGAAGUGAAAGGAAGCAAGUUACAAUUCAAUGGUCCGUCUGAUGAAUCGAUAGGAAUCGCCUUGGCACGAUUCCAAGCAGGGGGUGGACAUGGGUCAAGUGGAAAUGGGAAUGACCAUUAUCCAAAUGUCCGUUAUCAACUCGGUGAAGUGCCAGUGGCCUCAGGAAUUGAUCGGAUUUGUCGAUUCUUAUUCCCGAUGUUGUUUCUCUUGUUUAAUACAGUCUAUUGGCCUUAUUAUAUUUACUAAGAAAACAAAAAGUUGAUCAAUUAACUUGAAAAUCAUUCUAUUGCUUAAAUUUGUUAAUCAGAUUAAAUUGUUUUGAAAACAAAUGAGAUGAAGAUGAUUUCAAUAAAUUAUAAUGCCAGUGAAAACUAAAUUGUUACAAUUAACUCGAGACUUUGAUCCAUCCUUGACCAGAUCCCCUUAUUUAUGUAAUGAGAAAACAAACUGACCAAGACUGCGAAUGAAUUUUUAUCAGUGAGAAUAAAAUUGUACUAAUUCUGUCCUAAUCAUGUAAACUAAAUCAAAUUUAAUGUUUAAUCAUUUCAUACAAAAACGUUGUAGCAGAAAAGAUUAGUUGACUGAUUUUGCUGAUUCUCAAUCAAUUGAUUGCUCGCAGAUUCAUAUUAUCUGGGUAAUGAGAAACCCACCAGAUCAUAAUCAUGUAUCAAUCGACAUAAUUUGAUUAAAUUGUAUAUUAAAUUGUC